GCGGUGCUUCCGACCCCCUCGGGUUCAGGGAGCAGCCGCUGCGCCUCCCCUUUAAGGCUGAAGGAGCGGCGCUUUUCACUCCCUCCCAUCUGACAGCUGCCGAGAGGGGCGGGGCGAAGCGGCAGGACCCGCCGGCCCCGCGGAGGCGCGUUCCGGCUGCCUCGUGGGCUGGGUGAGCCCCUUCCCCGGCGGCGCAGCCAGGUGGCCCCCCAGUCUCCCUGGGCGGGAAAGCGGCUCCUUCUCCCCGGCCUGAGUGCGCUGCAGAGCCCGCUGCGGGGAUCAUGUGCCAUUGCCAUGGCGAGGAGGCUCUUCGCGGGGGCCUGGCUCAGAAAGCCCUACUACACCCAGGUUCGCUUCUCUUAUAUGAGAAUGAAGUAUCUCUUCUUCUCCUGGCUAGGAGUAUUUAUUGGCAGCUGGAUUAUUUAUGUUCAGUAUUCAUCUUACACAGAACUUUGCAGAGGGCAUGACUGCAAGAAAAUAAUAUGUGAUAAAUAUAAAACUGGAGUUAUUGAUGGAUCAGCAUGCAGUAGUCUGUGUACAAGACAAACUCUGUAUUUUGGAAAAUGUUUAUCAACCAAACCUCAUAACCAGAUGUAUCUUGGAGUCUGGGGUAAUCUGCAAGGUGUUAUAAAAUGUCAGAUGGAAGAAAUUGCCCAUAUUGAUCUCAGAACUGAACUGGAACCAAGGAAGGAAGCUGUUCUAUUUGAUAAACCAACUAGAGGUACUACUGUUCAGAAAUUCAAGGAGAUGGUCUAUGGGCUUUUUAAAGCAAAACUAGGUGAGCAGGGAAACCUUCCUGAUUUGGUUAAUCUCAUCUUGUCUGUUGCGGAUGGAAACAAGGAUGGUAGAGUUUCCUUGCCAGAAGCAAAGUCAGCAUGGGCUCUUCUUCAGUUAAAUGAGUUUUUGCUAAUGGUAAUCCUUCAGGAUAAAGAACAUACCCCCAAAUUACUGGGCUUCUGUGGAGAUCUUUAUGUGAUGGAAAAAGUUGAAUAUACCUCUCUCUUUGGAAUAAGCCUUCCAUGGAUCAUAGAACUUUUCAUUCCUUCUGGUUUCAGAAGAAGCAUGGACCAGUGGUUUACUCCGUCAUGGCCAAGAAAGGCAAAAAUAGCCAUAGGGCUUCUAGAAUUUGUGGAAGACAUUUUCCAUGGACCUUAUGGGAAUUUUCUUAUGUGUGAUACAAGUGCCAAAAACUUGGGUUAUAAUGACAAAUAUGACUUGAAAAUGGUGGAUAUGAGAAAAAUAGUGCCAGAAAUGAACGUGAAAGAAAUGAUUAAAGAUCGUCACUGUGAGUCUGACCUGGACUGUGUGUAUGGAUCAGACUGUAGGACUGUGUGUGACCAAAGUAAAAUGAAAUGUACCACAGAAAUAAUUCAGCCAAAUUUAGCAAAAGUGUGCCAUUUACUUAAGGACUACUUGCUCCGUGGGGCUCCUUUGGAAAUACAUGAAGAGCUAGAGAAACAGCUGUACUCUUGCAUUGCCCUGAAAGUCUCAGCUAACCAGAUGGAGAUGGAGCAUUCCUUAAUACUGAACAACUUAAAAACUUUAUUGUGGAAAAAAAUAUCUCACACAAAUGAUUCUUAAAUUGUCUCUGAAGGAAACAACUCCUGCUGUAGGAACUGACAACUUUGUCAAACACAGCUUCAACGUAUUUUAAAUAAUCAUUUAGUUUCAUCGGAUUCAUUAGUACUCCUUCAGACACUGCCACUCCAAGGAUUUUUCCAGCUGGAAAAAUGAAGUGUGUUUUCCAGUAUCUGCUUUGGCAGAGACUACUGAUGUUACAGCACUCCCAUGUGGGGAAAAAGAAUGCAGGCUCCAUGUUCUCCUUCUGCUCGUACCCAAAUUAACAUUUUUACCACAGUCAUUUUGUUGAUCAUAUUUACUGUGCUCCAUCAAGCUUAAUGAUUUGAGACAAACUUGUACAUUCAGAAAAAGCAUGGGAUUCAAAGCUCCUGCAGCUGUACUGCUUCAGAAUACAAGGAAGGGAUAAAGAUGGCAUAUUUGGCUGUUUCUAAGACUUCCUGCAGAGAAAAGACUGCUGAAACUCUUUUAAGUUCUAUCUAGACUCUUAAGUAAUCUGGUCUCAAGAGGGCUUCAGCCCUUUAAUACUGUGAGAAGCUGCAUUCUCCCACCCAUCCCUCCACAAUGGGUUCUGGUUAUUUCAGAAGUUCCUUUUGGAGUCUCAGUUUUUACAAACAUUUAUCCUGAAAACCCAACCACUAUUAGAACCGAAUAUGGUAGAAUCCAAGCUGCUGUUUCUGAAUGAACUGAAUAAUUUCAAGGUUGUCUACUAAUUUUAGCUGGGCAGAAUUUGCACAUUAGUGAUUUUUAAGAGAAAAUCAGUGAGCUGAUUGAAAAAUGUUUUCAAGAAACUGGGGGUUGGAACCUGAUUUUGUUAGCUUUUUACAUUUGUACACACAUUUACCUCAUGCAUACAUUGAAUGUUACUAUGUUAGCAGAAGUAUCCUAGUUAAACAUGUGUUGUACCAUGCUUGCAGUUAAAAUUGAAAAAAAAAACUGAAAAAAGCAUGUUGUGUACAUACACAACACACAUUGUAGCAGCAAUAUUUAUGGACUACUAAAUAAAACUGGUGUAUUACACAAAUUUAUAACAGUUAUACAGCCAAGAAUUGGGGGGGGGGCACUUUAAAAGCAAUUUUGUAUGUGGAUUAAAUUAUUUUAGUGCAAUUAAUAGUCCAAUCAUAGUUGUUGCUAUUUGAGGUGGAACAUUUAAAGCUAUUUAGAAGCACCUUUAAUGCCCUGUUCUCAUGCAUGUUUUCUCUGAAACUUCCAUGGGAUUCAUUAGGAAUGUGCAUGGGACUGGAGGUUAAACCAAUCUGGCUUCAACAGGGAAGUAAUUAUGUGCUUAACCUUCUGAAGUCAGAGGGACAACCAUACUUAAUACUGGCAGGCUUUCCCCCAUAAUUACUAGCCACACUAGUAAACUAUGCCAUAAUUGUUGGAUCCACAUCUUUUAACCCAGAAGCUGAAAUCAGUACAAUGAUUUUACUGGGGUGCUGUGUGGUUUCCGGGCUGUAUGGAAAGUAUGGCAGCCCAGAAACCACACAGCACCCCAGUGAUUCUAGCCGUGGAAGCCUUCGACAAUAAAGUGAUUUUAACUUAGCUGAGCUGUGGAUCAUUUUGUGUGUUACCCUGGUAUUAGAUUAAAUUCAAAACUUCCCAUCUGGUAAAGACAAUCUCCUAAACUGAGUGGGACUACUGGGUCCAACCCACUGUAUUAAAACUGAAUUUUGAAUGAAUGCUAUGUAAUGUCUAAACUUGUUAUAGGACCAGGGCAGGCUCGUUUUUUAAACAGGGUUUGCUUUACGUUAGGGACCCUGGGUGUUCUAAAUUGAAACUUUAUCUUUGCUUUACUUUCAAAGCAGCAAAGUGAAAUUAGACAAUGGUCAGACACAUGUAUGUUUAAGAGCACUUCUCCUAGUUCAAUUUUUGGAACUGUUUGGUACUUUUUUGAAUAUCUAUUUUGUAUAUUUCACAGGGCUACAUGCAUGGCCUCAACUUCUGAACAAAUAUAUCUUUGAUUACAGAUAGAUAAUCUUGGUGUCCUUUUUAGCUUCCAGCUGUCAACACUGUGGAGGUAGACAGUUCGCUAAAUCUGCUCAAAGGACGUGUAAUUAUUCUGCAGAACUCCAGUGAAGCACUUCUGCACAUGAGCCUUGAUACUAACACAUACGCUUCACCUCUUCACUUGCUACAUUUGUAUUUCUCUUUUAAAAGGAAGAAGCUAAAUAAAAUUCCUUUAUUUUAAAAUUUUCUCUGUCUUUUAAAAUUUAACCUGUUGUCAUAACUACAUAAUGAACAUGCACUCGAAACAAAAUGGUCUGUGUUCCCUUAAUUAAAUAAAUGUGAAAUACUAAUUUGUUUUACAAUCAUGGAUUGUUGCCUUGUAUAAAUAUUUUUCUAUCCCCAGUCUUGCACAAUGUCCACUUUGGGUUUUUUGAAUUGACAGAUAUUCUUCAAGAGGCAGCAUUUAAUAUUUGCAACUACGAAGGAGUCCACAUCUUCCCAGGCAUAUGCUCAUGCCAAGUAGAUAUGAAUGUCAGUAUUGUUACAAUCAUUGCGCAGUGGGGCGGGGGGGUAUUGAGCCAAAUAUUUCUAGACAUUUGAAAUAAUUUUGGGGUAACAACUUGUUAACAAAGCAGUUUGUACUGUUUUAUUUUGAUUGCUGUUAACAACCAUCUUCCAGAGUUUCAUUUUGAAUAUGAAUUGUUUACAAUAAACUGGAAUUAUUUCUCCUU